CCUCAUGUGGGUGGGUUGCUAGAGGGAGUGCUAUGCACUUGGGCUGUGCCAGUGGGGCUUCAAGAAGCGGCUGCUGCUGUCAGGUCAGUAAGAACCUUGAGACAUUUUAAAGGUGCCCUCUCGCUGCUGCUGCCCCCAGCUGCCCUUUAGAAGACUUUUCAAGGUUUCCCUUGCUGCUUUGCUUGUAAGGGGAAUCCUCCACAGAUUCUUCUUGACAAGCAUAGCCCCUCAAUCCUCCAUGGACUGGUCUUGGUUCAGUUCGAUCAUGGACUGGAACACCUCUGGUCUGGUUCAUGACUGCACCAUCGAACCUGGUUCGAGAUGAAUGGUUUGUGAUUGAAUGGUUCAUGCACACCCCUGAUUGUGGUGAUGGCUUUAAAAAGAAGAUAAGUCUAUCAGUGGUUGUUAGCUGUAAUCGUUAAUGGCACUUGGUGUAACCGAGAGAGUAUGAUUCUGAACAGUGGAUUCAGAGGACAUAUAUUGGCGAAGGGCUGUUGACUUCAGGCCCUGCUUGUGGGUUUCCUGGAAGCAUUUGUCAGGCCACAAUUUGAAUGUCUUCACUAGAUGCUCAAACUGCCAUGUAACAUUUUAAUUUGUGAUUAAUCAUUUUUUAUGAGUCACCCCAGAGAUAGCUGCCUAUCAGUGAAAAAGGUAAUGCUCAAUUUUUACCAUUUAGAGUUGAUAUGAUAAUAGAAUAAUAAGUCCAGAAGGGAUGUUGAAGGCUUCCUUGUCCCAUCCAUCCAUAGCCAGCAAUAUGUAAAAAUUCUUCACACAUCAACUCCCUUACAAAAUUGGCCAUAGAAUUCACCUUAUAGUGGCUCAUCAGUUUGCUGGAGCAAACAAGACAUACUUUGUCAGAGAUUCCUUCACACAAGAAAUUGUUUGGAAAUCCAAGCAAGUGAUCAAGCCGGAUGCUAAAAUCAAAGGCAGUACACGUGUAAGCUUGCUUACUUGCUGACUUAUAAGUCACUUAAGGGAAAAACCUACCUGGAAAAAGCCAAUGUUGAUACAAAAUCUGCUACUAUACAUUCUGCUAUUGUGUCAGCUGUGUGUGUGUGUGUGUGUGUGUGUGUGUGUGUGUGUGUGUGUGUGUCCGUGUCCUCCUUCUAAAGAAGAUCUAAGAAUCAGCCAGGAGAAUGUGUUAGGAACAUAGGAAACUGCCAUAUACUGAGUCAGACCAUUGGUCUAUCUAGCUCAGUAUUGUCUUCACAGAUGGCAGCAGCUUCUCCAAGGUUACAGGCAGGAAUCUCUCUCAGGCAACGUACUGUAUGCUUUGGGAGUUUGUUGGUUCAAUUAAAAAACUUGUCCUAUUUUUUUAAAAAAAAUCUUGUCCUAUCUUGGAGAAGCCAGGGAGGGAACUUGAAACCUUCUGCUCUUCCCAGAGCGGCUUCAUCCCCUGAGGGGAAUAUCUUGCAGUGCUCACACAUCGUCUCCCAUUCAUAUGCAACCAGGGCAGACCCUGCUUAGCUAUGGGGACAAGUCAUGCUUGCUUACCACAAGACCAGCUCUCCUCUCCUCUGUUAUUUUAGCUUAGUAAGCUCCUGAGGUGUGUGUGUUAUGUGUGUGUCUGUGCACGCACACACACACAGACACUGGCUCUGUUGAUCAGUAAGCAGUAGCCUUUGGAUUGGCCAAGUCUGGCACUAAAUACUAGGAACUUUGCCUAGUACUCUUGCCUGGUCACCAGGGCAGAAUCCCUUGCUUUUUGUCUACCUCCAGUUCUUGGCAUAGCCACUCUUGGCUUGGUUCAGCUCUGACACUCACAGUGAUGGGUAACUGUGUUGUCUGCGAUAAAGGAGUAUCACAGCAAAUUUUAAAUUUGGUGCAGAAGUGGCAGGCAGGUUUUAAAAGCCCCAUCUCUGACUAAGACUCCCUUUCUAAAUCUUCAAAACAAUAAUGCAAUGCCAAAAGCUUAUGAACCAAAAAUAGGUCAGCUAGUUGGGUCAGUCUUUUAAAUAAAUAACUUCUCCUUGUACUGCAUCCCUGCUGCUACUAAAAGCGUGGCAUCUUCAGGAGCCAUGUUGCUCUCAGCCAGUUCCCCUCUGACAGUGCAGGAGCAGCUACAGAUGGGUCCACAGGUGUUAAUUCUGCUUCUGGAAGCAUUAACACCUGAUCAGAUUUCUGCCUUGAAAUCUUCACAGAGCGGAAGGGAGAAUGCUCCUAGGAACAGCUGCCCCCCUGCUGCCAGACCCACAAUAAGCCAGCUGAAAUAGGCAUUAGUUUUUAAUAAAGGAGUUUCCACAGGUUUCCAAGCAAGCUAAAGGCCUACAGCUGCAAAACUAAGCGUUUGAUUUUAUCAGCAUAGGAGGAAUGAAUAGGAUUCAUAUUUUUAUUCUUUUGAUGAAUCAGUUCCUCGGUGAAAAUUAAUAAUUACACAUAAAUGCUAUAUAUAAUGAUAAGGAACACCUUCAAUUUUUAAUUGCACUAUAGCAUAUUUUACUAAGAAAUUGCACUUGUUCAGAAGCAUUUUAACAAUUUUUUUGUUGUUACAUCCAGGUAACAAGCAUGGAUCAGACUGCAAAGGACAAAGCACUCCAGCACAUGGCUGCCAUGUCAUCGGCUCAAAUAGUAUCUGCAACAGCCAUUCACAAUAAGCUGGGCCUGCCAGGAAUUCCCCGUCCUACGUUUCCUGGAGCACCUGGAUUUUGGCCAGGGAUGAUACAAACGGGACAGCCUGGAUCGUCACAAGACAUAAAGCCAUUUGUUCAGCAGGCCUAUCCUAUACAGCCAACAGUUGCAACUCCCAUUUCAGGGUUUGAACCUGCAUCAGCUCCAGCACCCUCCGUUCCUGCUUGGCAAGGUCGAUCUAUUGGAACAACUAAACUCAGACUGGUGGAAUUCUCAGCUUUUCUUGAACAACAGAGAGACCCAGAAUCAUAUAACAAACAUCUUUUUGUGCACAUUGGACACGCCAACCAUUCUUAUAGUGAUCCAUUGCUGGAAUCGGUGGACAUUCGUCAGAUCUAUGACAAAUUCCCUGAAAAGAAGGGUGGCUUGAAGGAGCUGUUUGGAAAAGGACCCCAGAAUGCCUUCUUUUUAGUCAAAUUUUGGGCAGACUUAAAUUGCAACAUCCAAGAUGAUACAGGAGCAUUCUAUGGUGUAACUAGUCAGUAUGAGAGCUCAGAAAACAUGACAAUCACCUGUUCCACCAAAGUCUGCUCAUUUGGGAAGCAAGUGGUAGAAAAAGUGGAGACUGAAUAUGCACGGUUUGAGAAUGGUCGUUUUGUAUACAGAAUAAACCGCUCUCCGAUGUGUGAAUAUAUGAUCAAUUUCAUCCACAAGCUCAAGCAUUUACCAGAGAAAUAUAUGAUGAAUAGUGUGUUGGAAAACUUUACAAUUUUGUUGGUUGUAACAAACAGGGACACGCAAGAAACCCUACUUUGUAUGGCGUGUGUAUUUGAAGUUUCAAACAGUGAACAUGGUGCACAGCAUCAUAUCUACAGGCUUGUAAAGGACUGAACAGUUAUUUAUAGACACGUUUCACGUUAUAACUCCUUAUCAAACAGACUGUCAACCUCAACACUAAGUGGCAGUUACUCUGGCUGAGCUUUCCCCUACAUUUUUCUAAACCUCAUUUUUAGUGUGUCCAUAUAUUGUAGCUGUGAAAUUCUGGUACGGUUGUACAAAUUCUUUCUAAAACAUAAUGUUCUUCACAUUUAUGAAAACACAGUUCUUUGAGGAGAAUAUAUUUAAGAAUUUCAAGGCCUUUGUGGAAGUUUUAAUUUUUUGUUGUGUUAGAAAAAUAUAAGACAGAGCAUUUGCCAUGGGAAAACUUAAUAAGAGUUUAUGAGGUGUUUUGUCUAAAUUUAAAAAAAAAACAUGUUUUUAAGAUGCAAGUGAAAUUGAAAUGAAUUUUAACUGUAAGCAUAAAUUAGCACACAAAUUCUUUUUUAGAAUUAUCUUCAUAACUAAUUACUGUGGAAGAUACAAAUGAAUGUAAUUCACUAAAUUAUUUUAUAAACUGAAAACUCUAUUUCUGUUUGAAGCCAAAUGACAAACAUAGCCUUAAUAAAUGCCUGAUGGGAGCAGACAGGUCCUAAAAGUAGGCAAAAAUGUAUUUUUUCCCUUCCCACUAUAUUAAAACUAACCUUCUAAUCACUGAACUUUUCAAGCAGGUAUUGCAAAGCGAGAAGACUUCCUCCCUCUUACUAAUCAUAUCUAGUGUAUUUAAAAAAAAAUAAAGUAUUGUACUAAUAAGAACAUUUGAUUAUUUAAUUGAAAAAGAUGGCUCGUUUUGCAAUAACUAAGUAAAUACUGAAAAUUUAGAUUUAAGAUGUAUGUAAUAUUGUGUGUGUGAGUAUAUUUUAUAUGAGCAAUUUGGGGUUUGUUUCCUAAUGAUUUAAGAAAUUGCAACACCAAAAUUAGUAAUUAGCAAAGGUGGGGGGGGGAGUAAAGUGACUGCUGUAUUACAAUUAUAACCACAACAAGACUGUGGUUGAGAAGAGAAUAGAUAUACAAGCAAAAGGUUCAUCUGUUUUUAAUGUCUUCAGACUGCUAGAAAACACAGACAUAACCAGGCAAAAGGGCACAAUGGUUAUUUUAUGGCAGGCCUGCACAACUAGCGACUGUCAGACUGAGCAGAGACCAUGGGCCGUGUAUGGAGGCCCAACAAGGGUUUGGUUAAACCUCCUCUUUUCCCUGCCUGACUGGAAAAGCAAAAACAGGAGACUUGGCAGGCCACAAUACAUGGACUGCAUGUGGCUUGGUGGAUCGCAAGUUGUACAGGCCUGUCUAGUGGGAUGUUGUUCAGCCACAGCCAUGAAGCCUCUGAUCCUGUACGGCUUCAAACUAUGGAGCACUGGACUCUGUACUGGAUUGUGUGACCAAUGCCUAUAUUCCUUUUUCCGAUCUCUCACAGUAUCCUAGCACGUCACUUUCUUCUCUGCUGAAACAUUUGGUGCUCUUAAGAAUGAGUGCAGAGAGUUUAUAGGUAUAUAAUACACUGUUACUGUGUGGGGUUUUGUUCCCUUUCAGAGGCAGCUUUCAUAAACAUAUGUUCUUUUUGCAUGAAUACUAAAGGCUGAAAAGUGACUUAAUCAGAUUGAUACUAGUAUAUGUUAAGCUUGUGAGUGGCAAUUGUCUAAUGUGGUACAUACAUGCUUAAAAGUACUCUAAGCUAGAGUUUUUCUUCUUCAACCACUACCCUCUCUCUUCUCUAGGUGCCAUUUAUUACAGAGCACAAUAUUGUUUUACCAUAAGUAUAGCAUUCAGCUUACUGGUUUGAAGGGAGCUGAAUAUCAAACACAAAUAAUGAGUCAAAGAUGCCUAGUUUCUCUACUUGUAGAAAUAGAUAUCUGUGCAUAGGAACACAUCAGUUCUACUUUCACAGUUUCCAUCCAGUUUUCAAACUUGUGCUUUGGGCCCUUGGAGCCCUGGGUUUGGCUUCCUGAUAUAAGAACCUGCAUAAUUUAGAAAAACUACAGGAUGAAAUCAUGAACUAAUAAAUAUCUAUGGGAAUUCUUUUUCUUUACAUUUAUGGUACUAGGUCAAUAGUUAAUGUCCCUAGAAAUAUAGCUGCAUAGAUACCUGAGAAACUGUUCAGUGUGCUGCAUAGAAUAAUUGGUAUUUGGUAAGCAGGCAGCUCUUUCCUAGGUCUGCCUAAAACCAUGGGAAAUUUUCUAUGCUGUUCGAAAUAUUUGUCUCCAAGACUGGGGGAAAUGCUCAGGGUAUAAAUUUUCUUUCCUGCCUAAUGAAGUAGCCUGGAAAUUUCUACUAAACCUAAUUGUCAGAGCAAGGCUAUGGUACCCAGCUUCUGGAAUGCUGCAUAACUGUCACUGGUUGCAUGCAGUCUUCCAUUCAUGGUCACCAUCCAGGCCUUCUAAUAGCCCUCUGCUGUGCCCCACACCUGUAACAUCUCAAGACACAAGCUCAAGGGCAUCUUUGCGGCACAGGAAGGUAUCCAGACAGUUGCUUAGGCCUCAGGUGUGCAUCCAUGUAGAUGGGGAAGGGCAAGCAAUAGAAUGGAAAGCCAAGUAUAGCCUACUAAAUCUUGGGGUCCUCUACAAGUUCAGCAUCUUUUAACCUUCAGAUAUUAAGACAGAUGAACCUCUCAGUUAUUUUAACUCUGUGAAUUGUAAAAAUAUAUUGUUAUGGCUAAGUCUCUUCAUCAGUUUUAACAUUAAUGAUGAUUUUAACAGAAGCACUGCAUCUUACCUGUCUAUAAAGUAGCCCUUUAUUUGAAGCACUUGGUGUUACAAGUAUAAAACUACUUUUUUAAUUUUAUCUUUUUAUGAAGAUUUUGGUUUUAAUGGAUUUAUUUUUAAAAAAAGAUUUAAAAUUUUAGAAUAAUUAAACAGCUCAAGGAACCUCCUUGAGGCAUAUAAAAUAGAAGUCAGUUUGCAAACCAGGUACACUUUUAUGUGUUAAUACAGUCUGAGACACUAUGUAUGUAAUAACUAAAUGGUUUAAAGAGUCACAACGUUUCUUGGCGUUCACUUUUGUAAAAUGUUGGGGAAAAUGUUUGCCUUGUCUUUUACUUUAUGUGGAUGUACAUGAUUCAAACACCCUGUGCAUGUUUCUUCUGGAAAGCCUUAAGUCCGUCAGAUGUUAAGUGUGGAUUGCAUAAUCCAAAAGGCUGCCUGUAAACUGUGAGCUCUUUUGUAAGCUGGAAACAUCUCUCUUGUUACUGUUACUUUGUGGUAGGAUCUUCUUAAUUCCGAGCUGCCAAAGCAUUACAAUAUGCAGUGCCUUAGUGCUAUAUUAGAAGUACCUUUAGCCUGUCAUGCCAAUCUUAUGUAGUCCAUUAAUUGGUUUACUUAAAAAUAAUAAUUUUUUUAAAAAAAUCUCUUAUUGAGAAGCCUUUGACUACUUGGUCGAAGACACCUACUUUUAUAAGUCAGUCCCCCUGUUACUACAUAGUUGGAAUAUCUAUACCAAAAUGAAAUGUUACAGCGCUAGAAUUUUCUGCAGAAAGUGCAUAGUACGACUAAUGCUGCCUUCUUAAAUUCUCAUGACCAAAUACUUAAACCUUUAUGACUCUCUGCACUCUUGCAUGCAAGUGCCUUUGGUUUUGGAAUUCCAGCUUAGAAAAGUGCUGCCAUAAUAAUGACAAUUUGUAGAGACCAAAAAUAUUUAGAGAUCACCAUAAUGCCUUUGGUUUAUUGGAAACAGUCAAAACUAACAGGCCUCCAUUCUCAAAGUAGUACAUUUUUAUAGUAGCGUGCUUUUUGAAAAUCACAAGAGUGCAUAAUGCUGGGAAACUAUUCUACUUGUUCAACUGUUUGUUACUGUUUCCACAGCAUUACUGAUUAGCAACUACUACAUUUAUUAUUGGAAAGCAUUCAGUAUUUCACCUUUGCCAUGUCUCUCCAUCCAGUCUUGCAUCUGAGUAAUGUGAGUCUGUAUAAAUAGCAGAAUUUCAGACAGAAGACAAAUGUGACUUUAUUAUUAUAGUAAUUCUGAAUCUGUGAAGACCAUUUUCUUCUUUAUCCUAAAUUUGCACUUAUUUUGUUUACAACGUUGAGCAGUUGGAUGCCUAAAAUUGAAAAUGAAAGUGCAGAACAAAAUGUAGUUAUCAUUUGACCUGUGCUUUUUAGCACCAAAUUAUUAGGAAUGAAUAACAACCAGUGGAGAAAUCUUUGGAUGGCAUCAUUCAGAAUGUUCCUGUCAUUAUUGCAGGAAAGAUAGGUCCUGUAAGUAAUUUGUGCCAUUUCAGCAUCACCCAUGAAUGAUGGCAAUGCCAUUAUUUAAAGAGACUUUGACACCAUUGACAUUGAUUCAGAAGGACACAAUACCAUUAACAAAAAUCAUCAAUGAGAACUAAUAGCAGUAAAACCAAAAGCUGGCAGAGGGGAUUUGUAGCUGUGAAUACACUUUUGUUUUCAAUGGACAAAAUUAAAAUUUUAUUCAAAACUAGUAUGUGACACAAAGUGGUAAAUAUUUGUGAUUUUAUUCCCUCCUUUUAUCUUAAACAUGUAUACAUAUUGUGUUUCCCCCAUCAAAGUUUCAAAUUUCACUCACUUUCUUUUCACAUCAAAUCUAGUAAGGAUUGCUUGGCCUCAAAAGUACAUUUAUAUAUUUACAACUAUUGAAUAUAUCUGCUAAGACAGAUAUAGAUAAGCAAGUGGCUGGAGUAUAUUUUAUUGCAAAGGAAACAUUUUAUUUAUUGUCUUGUGUACAAAAUUAAAAAAGAAAUAAUGGUACCAUUUGUGGCGGUUGAAAUAUAGCAUACUUUACAAAUGUAAUUUUGUACUUACUUGAAUUCUAGAAUGAUUUAUUUAGGUACUGUACCACUAUGUUGAAUAAUUUGCAAAUUCAGUACCUAUUUCUCACUUUCUAUCCAUCCUAGAUUCCAUUCAGUUUGGCAACUACAUUAAACACACCUCCCUGUUUUUGUCAACCUCUAGUAAUAAAGACUGAAUUAUUACACUGAAUGAAAGGAACUGCAAGUUAGAGAUCAGAUUACAGCAGCAUUUGACAAGCUGAUGCAUUUGUCUUUACUUCCUUGGUCUAAUUCCGGUCUUGUUCAUAGACCAUUCUUGCUUUUCUAAGGUUCAGUUCAGACACCACACCAAACCAUAGUUAAGGAAACUUUAAGUAUGGCUUUGCAUAAUGUCUGAGUUGACAAACAAUGUUCUGUGAUCUGCUUAAAAAGCCAGAAUUGGAAACCAUGGUUUGAAGUGGGUUUGCAAACUGGGGUUUGCACUAAUGGUGAUUUGGUAUGAUGUCCGAAUUGACAAACCAUAUAUCUGCCCAUUCCUCAGAAUCCAAAAGCUGCUGCACCAAGAAAGCAGGAACGAAAUUAUGAAGCUGAGUGCUAAGAAGACUGAAAGCAAAAGCAGACAAGCUGCUCUAACCCUAGUUUGCCUGUUGCACAUUUGUAAACAAAAACCAUGGUUUGGCUUUUAAACUAUAGCUUGCAAACACCACAGUUUGGCAUGAUUUCUGAAAUGAGCCUAUCAAAACAGUAUAGGAUUACUCAGAUACAGAGCAGUGCUGCAACUCUUAAUAUGACUUGGUUCACAAGCAUAUGUCAUCCAACAUAUAACAUGACUCAAAUCAUAAGAAUAUGUCAUGCAACAUAUAUGGUUCUACAGGGACCAAUAUACACAUUGUGCUCUGUCCGUGAUUGUUGCUGAGAUGCAAUCCACGCAGCAGGGAUUAAUGUUCAAUUACCUCUGCCACGUGCAGCAUUCUAAGUGCAUGCCAUGUUUGCACAUACUGCUGCAUAAGCAGACACAGAUGCACUGCAUGACUUUGUACCAAAACACAUGGUAAGGGCAUUUAAAUGUUACUCCCUGCCAUAACUAAUCACCAGCAUGGGUGAGGGUUUGGGUGCAGCUGCCAUGGGCUGCUAGCAAUGUUUAGAUUGGUCCUCAUUUCAGUUCCUUCUGGUUAACUUUUCUCUAUGCUGUCUUGCCUUUAGUUUCUCCCAGCCUUCCCCCCUGAAAAGAGAGAUGGAUAAAUCAAAAUAUAAAGAUGUUUGGAAGUCUUGAUCUCUAGUUUAGAAAAUUAGUCUGGCUGUGAGAUUUUUAAAAAACUUAGUUCCACUGUGUCGAUUAACUCUUAAAUGCACUCAGUUCACAGAGAGGAUAUGCCCUUGUUACCUCCUUACACAAUGGUUUUAUUUUUGUUUUUGAAUUAUUUUAAUUAAUUUGUUUUUGUUUUUUAAUGGGCCUCUGCUUCAGGCUCAUGACUGCAGAAAUAAAAUACAAUAUGUGCCUGAAAAAGACAAGAAUUUUAUAACAGUUUUUAAAACCUGAAUAGCCUUUAAUUCUUUAAUAUCAGUACAUUUUAUGUAAAACAGUUUUUUCUUUUUGGUUUUUUAUUUGCCACAUGCAUUUGUUCACAUUUGUAAAUGACUUAAUGGAAUUCUCACUUUGUUUAUUUGUGUAAUGUGUAUAAACUGGGUUUGUGACUUAAGCAUAUUCAUAUAUGGUCAAUGGUUACUUUAAUAUUGUAUUGCUGCUGGUUUUUUUUAAUGUAGAAUCUGCCUUUUGAUGACAAAGUACCUCUUGCUUAGACAGGAAGGGAAAGCUCUUUUUAAAAAAACACAUGAAACUUUUCAAAUCUUGUCUUAACAUAUUCUGAAGUUUUCAACAUGAGUUUCAAUCAAACCUUUUGGCAGUACAGUAUUCUUGUAUUUGUUGUUGUCUGUGUGUAGGUACUGGUACCUUUUUUGUUUUAAAAAUGUUUUAAGUGUUGGCUUUAAAGUGAAUUUAUCUUUAGUAUGAUAGUAAUAUGAAAAUUAUAGGGUUUGUGUGCAGAGAAUUUUUUUAUAAAAGUGCUUUGUAAAAAAAAUGUAUUCUAGCUUUCGCGGUACAUAUGUGUGAUAACUUUAAUAUCCAUGACAGUUAAGUGCAAUUAUUUCAUCACUCUAAAAAUGCUAUUUUUGUGUCGGUUACUGCAGGUGUUCCAUGUCUUUGCAAAGUGACACAUUUUGAUGCCUUCUUGAUAAAGUGGUAGAUUUUUUGUAGCUUUCUAGAAACUUUGUAUUCAUACAGUAUCAAUUGAAAAUAAAGAAAAUAAAGUCA